AUGUCGCUCCGAUUCCUCACAAAGAGGCGCGAUCGACUUCGCUCCGAUUCCGACUCCAAACAAGCCACUCUCGACAAGAGCCCUGUACAUGCACCACACUGUAUACCGCUACCAUCAUCAGACUUGCACUUUAUCAAGGGCAAGAUGGCCCCAGUGCCUUCCGAAGUUCAAGUCAUCAGCUGGCAUCCAGACCACCUCCGUGCCUCGGGUCGUCAGGUGCAUAUUCAAUCGCGACGACAAGAGACGUGCACCUCCGUCCUCCAAACGUCCACUAUUGGCUCACAUUCAGCUUCCGCCUCUGCAUCCAUGCCUAUCCAACCUCGCACAACCAACUCCGCUCAACAUGACACACGCAGCAGCACCGCCAGCGCCACUGAUUCCGCCCACACCCUAGUCCACCUAUAUGAUCCGCCAACUCACCUCUGCCACACCUGCCACCAUCCAAAUCGCUCGGGCUCGGGCUCGGGCUCGCCGUCUAGAGCAGCACUCCUCCACAAACAUUCGGCUUCCGUACCCCUAGCCACGCACCCAGCGUCCGACACUUCCAAAAGCCAACAUGUCCAGCUUCCCGAUCCAUUGUCUUGUGCCCCGCCCCACAUGCAUCAACAAGACCUUCCUUUGGCGCCCACCAAAAGGCAUUCCAAGUCGCGAUCCUAUACCCCAACUGUCGCCGCCAACGAUACGCAGGUUUUGCACCACAUAUCGCCACCUCCCUUUGCUCUACUUUACCGCAAUGCGUCAACACAGUGCAUUACCAGCCUCUCGUCAUACCGUACAGAUGGAGCGCCUAAAGACCCCCGUCCCAGUCCACCACCUCCACCGCGGUCCUCAUCCGUCAGCAGCUCGUCCAGCUUGCUCUCUCGCUUGUACACCCUGCGAAAAACAAAGAGCAAGAACGCCCUGCUUGCUGACGUUGAUCGCAGCACACCUGUCGUCAAUCCGACGCAAGCCAAGAGCACCUCUGCCUUUCGCUCUCGAAGCGAUUCUUUCAGCUCUCUCUCCACCAAACCGGCGCGUUCAUCCAAGGACAGUCUUCCCCCCACGCCAAGUCCGAGCAGGCCCAACAGAGCUGCCAGAGCCACCAACGUACCACCCUCAGCCUGGCGAACCGACUCUGCCUCCACUCCAGCAGCAUCCAACCCGGACAAGCAUGCCGCAGCUAAAUCAAAAGUCGCCGCCACACCCUCGCUCGCUUACAGUUCCGACAACGAACCGAGCCUUGAAUCCGCCUCCUCCUCCUCCGGUCAUAGGCCAGAUUCGGGCGGUGCUGCAUCGGCAUCGUUCUCAAGGCAUUCCAGGACUGCGAGCAGCGGCGAUGCUUCCACCACAGCUACUUCCUUGCUCUUUGCUUCACUGAAACCUCUUGGCGGCGGCGUUGCAGGCGCCGAUCCAAUUUCCAACCGCAUCUCAACUCACUCUGCCAGAUCAGCCGCCUCACCGGCACAUGCCAACUUGCCGCUUUUGCAUCUUGAUCAGCCCAGCCCCGUUCUCGAUUCACCUCAAGUAGCAGGACUGCUUCUACCUCUGCCCACAUCCAGCUCGACCUCCUCCUUCGGCGGAACCAUGUUGACUGCACAUCUCUUGAAACGUAUCGGGCCACCGCCGGUCGGCUUGCCACCCGAUUGCUUUCAGAAACGCGUAAGCCUCAUCCACAACUACAUUCUGAGCCAAGUGCCCUCCUUGCAAGCAGUGCUUCCUCCAUCACCCUUCUCCCAGCCAUCCGAUGAGGAUCUGUCCGGCGUCUACGCAAGUGCCAACCACCCAUCGCAUCGAUCCAGCCUCACGCUUUCACCUCGAUACGCUAACACAACGCUUCCCAAUGCUCGCUUGUCCACCGCACCCGCUUUGACGCCACUCGGCAGCACGCCACUCGAUCCAAUAACCUCGCUGCAGGAUGAAUUCGACAAGCUCGAGUGUCUGGCCGAAGCAGAGCUGCGCGAUCUUGCCAGCUCGAAUGCUGCGCAACACAGACACGUCGAAACCAUCGCCAUCUUGCAAGAGCUUCGACUGGAAGAGGCCUUUCGCGAAGCCAGGCGGCGAUGCGGAGUCAAUUGCGUUCGCUCCCAUUUCGAUCUCACCAACCUCACCCCGAGCGAUGCCAAUCGCCACGACGCUUGUCGCGGUCGAGUAUCAGUAGCAAAGGAUGGAGCUUCUAGUCUUGGUCUCGCAGGCAGUACGCCACGUUCUGCCCAAGGUGCGAGCCUCGAAAUGAGCCUCAAACCAGCACCACGCAAGCGCAGAGGAAUCGCCACAGUGAGAAGACCUUUCACCGCUCCUGGUCGCUCGUCGAGUGCAACUACAACAUCUUUCAGAUACGCCGGUCUUGACCUUCCGGCCACAAUUCAGGAUGAAUUCAAGGGCGAACUUUUCACUCCGCAAUCGUUUGCCAAGCCCUUGGCCAUCGCGCCGUUGCAAUCGGCGCAGCCAAGCAACGGCGGCAUCGAUGACAAUGCUUCACGCAGCACCACCGGUAGCGAUGACAGUAGAAAACAUGGCAGUGUUGGAUCUGCAUCGAUUAGCAUACCCGUAUGGAGGCGGUCUCCGGUGCUUUAUUAG